AUGGACUUCGGCGACGACGUCAUGGAAGGCGGCUCCGACGCCCAGCGCCGCAAGAAGAGAUACCACCGCCACACCCCGCGCCAGAUUCAGCAGCUCGAGGGGAUGUUCAAGGAGUGCCCGCACCCGGACGAGAACCAGCGGAUGCAGCUGAGCAGGGAGCUGGGGCUGGAGCCCCGGCAGAUCAAGUUCUGGUUCCAGAACCGCCGGACGCAGAUGAAGGCACAGCACGAGCGGCAGGACAACUGCUUCCUGCGCGCGGAGAACGACAAGAUCCGGUGCGAGAACAUCGCCAUGCGGGAGGCGCUCCGGAACGUCAUCUGCCCCACCUGCGGCGGCCCGCCCGUCACCGACGACUACUUCGACGAGCAGAAGCUGCGCAUGGACAACGCGCGGCUCAAGGAAGAGCUUGACCGGGUGUCCAGCCUGACGUCCAAGUACCUGGGGCGGCCCAUCACGCAGCUGCCGCCGGUGCAGCCGCUGUCCAUGUCGUCGUCGCUGGACCUGUCCGUCGGCGGGCUCGGCAGCCCGGCGCUGGGCCCGUCGCUGGACCUCGACCUCCUCAGCGGCGGCUCCUCGGGGUACCCUCCGAUCCACCUCCAGAUGACGGUGUCGGAGAUGGAGCGCCCCAUGAUGGCCGAGAUGGCGACGCGCGCCAUGGACGAGCUCAUCAGGAUGGCGCAGGCCGGCGCGCACCUGUGGGUCAAGAAGGCGGGCGGCGGCCCCGACGGGCACGAGGUGCUCAACGUCGACACGUACGACAGCAUCUUCGCCAAGCCCGAAGGCUCGUUCCGAGGCCCCGACGUGCACGUCGAGGGCUCCCGCGACUCGGGCCUCGUCUUCAUGAGCGCCGUCGGCCUCGUCGACAUGUUCAUGGACUCGAGCAAGUGGAUGGAGUUCUUCCCUGCCAUCGUGUCCAAGGCGCGCACGAUCGACGUCCUCGUGAACGGCAUGGCCGGGCGGAGCGAGUCUUUGGUUCUGAUGUACGAGGAGCUGCACGUGAUGUCGCCGGUCGUCCCGACGCGCGAGUUCUGCUUCCUCCGCUACUGCCGGCAGAUCGAGCACGGGCUGUGGGCGAUCGCGGACAUCUCGGUGGACCUGCAGCAGCGCGACGCGAGGUUCGGCGCGCCGCCGUCGCGCUCGUGCCGGCUCCCAUCGGGCUGCCUCAUCGCCGAUAUGGCCGACGGCUCCUCUAAGGUGACCUGGGUCGAGCACAUGGAGAUCGAGGACCGGGUUCCCAUCCACCUGCUCUACCGCGACCUCAUCCUCAGCGGCGCCGCGUUCGGGGCGCACCGGUGGCUCGCCGCACUGCAGAGGGCGUGCGAGCGUUGCGCGUGCCUCGCCACGGCCGGCAUGCCGCACCGGGACAUUGCAGCUGCAGGAGUGACGCCGGAAGGGAAGCGGAGCAUGAUGAAGCUGUCGCAGCGGAUGGUGAGCAGCUUCUGCGCGAGCCUGAGCGCGUCGCAGCUCCACCGGUGGACGACGCUGUCGGGGCCCAACGACGUGGGCGUCCGCGUCGUGGUGCACCGCAGCACGGACCCGGGGCAGCCCAGCGGCGUGGUGCUCAGCGCGGCCACGUCGAUCUGGCUGCCGGUCCCGUGCGACCGGGUGUUCGCCUUCGUCCGCGACGAGCACACGCGCUCCCAGUGGGACGUGCUGUCGCACGGCAACCCGGUGCAGGAGGUGUCGCGCAUCCCCAACGGCUCCCACCCUGGAAACUGCAUCUCCUUGCUCAGAGGCCUGAACGCGAGCCAGAACAGCAUGCUGAUCCUGCAGGAGAGCUGCACCGACGCGUCGGGCUCGCUGGUGGUCUACGCGCCUAUCGACAUCCCGGCGGCCAACGUGGUGAUGAGUGGCGAGGACCCGUCCGCGAUCCCGCUCCUGCCGUCUGGCUUCACCAUCCUGCCCGACGGGCGGCCCGGCGCGUCGUCGUCGAGCGCUGCCGCCGGCCCGCUGGGCGCCCCGGCGGCGGCGGGGUCGCUGGUGACGGUGGCGUUCCAGAUCCUGGUGAGCAGCCUGCCGUCGUCGAAGCUGAACGCCGAGUCGGUGGCGACGGUCAACAGCCUCAUCAGCACCACUGUGGAGCAAAUUAAGGCGGCCUUGAAUUGCGCCAGCCAUUGA